ACCGCCUGCGCCGCGCGGCAGAAACAGGAAGUGGAACCAAAACAAAGGAGCGGCAACUGGGUGCGGGCCUACUUUCUGCUUGUCUUCGGCGGACAUCUGGGCGGACUCUGAGGAGUCGUCCGACUAUGUCCAACAUGGAGAAACACCUCUUCAACCUAAAGUUCGCGGCCAAAGAACUGAGCAGGAGUGCCAAAAAAUGCGACAAGGAGGAAAAGGCCGAAAAGGCCAAAAUUAAAAAGGCCAUUCAGAAGGGCAACAUGGAAGUUGCGAGGAUACACGCCGAAAAUGCCAUUCGCCAGAAGACUCAAGCGGUGAAUUUCUUGAGAAUGAGUGCGCGGGUCGAUGCGGUAGCUGCCAGAGUCCAGACGGCGGUUACGAUGGGCAAGGUGACCAAGUCCAUGGCCGGGGUGGUUAAAUCGAUGGAUGCGACACUGAAAACCAUGAAUCUGGAAAAGAUCUCUUCUUUAAUGGACAAAUUCGAGCACCAGUUUGAGACGCUGGACGUCCAAACGCAGCAAAUGGAAGACACGAUGAGUAACACCACGACGCUGACCACUCCCCAGAAUCAGGUGGAUAUGCUGCUCCAGGAAAUGGCAGACGAGGCCGGCCUAGACCUCAACAUGGAGCUGCCGCAGGGGCAGACCGGCUCCGUGGGCACAAGCGUGGCCUCGGCCGAGCAGGAUGAACUGUCCCAGAGACUGGCCCGCCUGCGAGAUCAAGUGUGACGACAGAACCCAUUCUGAGGUUUCUUAGCUGUAGCCACCUUCUGAAAUGCUCUCUGUGUACUAGGGAAAUACUAUACUCUAAGGAAACUUUGAACAUGCCAGAAUGCUGAAAUGCUCUUUAUUUAAGAUGCUUCUGCCUUUGGGUUUACAGUAUUCUUGGAUACAUUAAGAUAUUCCAGGCUUUCUCCACCCUUAACUGGAUUUUAAAGUUCUGUGUAGCUUGUGAUGGUGUGUAUUUUUAUAGCUGCCUUUUAAAAGGACUAGUUAACUUGAUGUACAUGAAUCUUGCUCAAAAAUUUGAUCAAAACUCUAGUUUUCUGCUCGAAUUAUCAAAAUUGAACAUUUUUUUUAACUUAGUGCAAUUGAUGAUAUAUAGAAUUGAUAUGUGCAUAAAAAUUAGAGGAGAAUGAUUACUUUGGUUACAGGGCUAUCAACACUUCAUUCAACUUACUUAAUGGACAGUGCUAUUUCUGUGUAUCCUUUUUUUGCCAUAAAAAUGAGAUUACAGUUGACUAUUAAUCUGUCCUCAUAACUUGUACUAAAAUUACCUUAGGACGUUCUUGCAUAAUACCCUCUUAUUGUUGAUGUUCUGUAAGUUUUUGUGUAGUAGUUUUUUGUAACUAGAAAAAAAUGCCACAUAAUUUCCAUAUUUUAUGAGGAAAAAUUGUUCAUUUAUGUUUUUAUUUACUAACGAGUUUUUUAAAAGACUUAAGGUUUAACAUGACAGUUUCUUUCAAAUGAACUUCUCUAACACAUUUCUAGUUCUUUCCUAUUUCAACACUUAGACUUCUGAUAAAGUAUGUUAAUUAGCAUAGCAGUCAUAUUACUCUAACAUUGCCAAAGAACUGUUGAUUGGAUUGAGAAAACCCUGGGACUGUACUUGUAGGUUUUAUUUUGAUUUUAACAACCAAAAAGAGAAAUAAAAUUAGAACAGCAUUUUAAGUUCUCAUUAUUUGUAUUUAUUAUUUUGUCCUUAAAACAACUCCCUGAAAACCUUGGAAAUAUAAGUUGGAGUGUUUUUCUUAGCCAUGCAAGUAAUUUAAAUAUACAUGCAGCCAGUUGGAAGUCUGGGAAGUAGGAAAGAUACAGGAUUGGACAGCAGGCUUGACCCUUUAAAGCUAGAGCCCAGAUGUGCUGCCUUACAUCUUUCUGGAAUGGCAGAGUGCAUUUUCUGGCUGAAAAGUAAAGCUCAUAGCCACCCACCUCUUUCUUGUAGCCUCAAAACAUAGAGACCAUUGGUUUGCUUUUGCCUUGGCAAAUAUGUUAAUCUAAGUUAAAUACUUAAGGAUAUUUUAAAUCCCCCCUUCACUGGAAGAUGUCUCCAUCAAGAAUUCCACUGUUUUAGAAAAUAAUUACAGGGACUCUUCCAGGACCUUUGAAAGAUUCAUAACCAAGUAUUCGCCAUUAUAAUAUGUUUUCCAGUGUGAACGAAUGUGUUGAAGGAAAAAAAAACAGGUAUACGAGAGAUGACCCUCAUAUUUACAUGUCUAUAUCUGACUGGAUAUUUUUCUGAAGCCUUCUAUAAGGGACAUAAAUCGAUUGCCCCAUAUCUUUCUCGAACUCCUCCCUUUUGGCGUCUCAUCACAUGGUUGCACAGAGGCAGCUGUGUGAGUACAGCAUGAGUCAUAAGCUCUCUUUAGACUGGAAAAAAAAAACUAAAACUUAAAAUAUAACUUAGUAUUAAACCCUUUGGUAAAUUGAAAACCCUUUUUUAUAGUGCAGAUAUUCCCAACAAUAUUAAUAUAUUUUGUUAGAUAAAACAGUGCUUGUAUAAGCUUGAACUUUCUUGAUAUAUGUUCAUUUCAAACUAUAUGAAUGUACAUUUUUAGGAACCAUAAAUAUUAUUUUCAAAAGCAUAUUAGGCCCAUGACUUAUUUCCUUAUUUUCACAGUUGAUGAAAUCCUGAAAUGUAAACCAUGAAGUUUGUCAAAUAAAUCAUUUUAAACUGCA